AAUUACAUGAAGAGAAGGUAGGAAGAACAAGAGAGUCUCUCUCUCUCUCUCUCAUAUCCACUUCAUAGUAAGUUCAUAAUCCAUAACUCACCAUGGACAAGACAUCAUUGUUCUCCAUUCACGAAGGAAAGCAGAUUCGAUGCAAAGCAGCAAUAUCUAGGAAACCAGGAGAAGCAUUGGUGAUAGAAGAGAUCCAUGUGGAUCCACCUCAAGCUUAUGAAGGACCGCUUGUAAGGUUUCCUAUGAUUCUAGGACAUGAAGCAGUCGGUGUGAUCGAGAGUAUUGGUGAACAUGUGAAUGGAUUUCAACAAGGCGAUGUCGUUUUGCCAGUGUUUCACCCUCAUUGUGAAGAAUGUAGAGACUGCAAAUCCUCAAGGAGCAACUGGUGUGCAAGAUUUGCCGAUGAUUUCGCAUCAAACACAAGACGAUAUGGAAUGACUUCUAGAUUCAAAGACUCUUCGGGAGAAGAUAUUAACCAUUUUCUCUUUGUCUCAAGUUUUUCUGAAUAUACCGUCGUAGAUAUCGCACAUCUCGUCAAAAUGUCUCCUGAUAUUCCGGUUGAUAAAGCGGCAUUGCUCAGCUGCGGUGUUUCCACAGGAAUUGGAGCAGCUUGGAAAGUGGCUAACGUGGAAAAAGGCUCCACUGUUGCAGUUUUUGGCCUUGGUGCUGUUGGACUUGCGGUUGCAGAAGGAGCCAGGCUACGUGGAGCCGGCAGGAUCAUUGGUGUUGAUCUCAAUCCUGAAAAAUUCGAGCUAGGUAAAAAAUUUGGUUUCACGGAUUUCAUCAAUCCUACAUUGUGUGGAGAAAAGAAGAUUAGCGAGGUGAUUCAAGAAAUGACAGGAGGAGGAGUUGAUUAUAGCUUCGAAUGCGUUGGUUUACCUUCUUUAUUGACCGAGGCUUUCAACAGCACCCGCACGGGUUCAGGAAAAACGGUAAUGUUGGGGAUAGAUAAGCAUCUAACGCCAAUAAGUUUGGGUAGCCUUGAUCUUCUUAGAGGCAGACAUGUUUGUGGAAGCUUGUUUGGUGGUCUUAAACCCAAACUGGAUAUUCCGAUUCUCGUUGAUCAUUACUUAAAAAAGGAGCUUAAUCUGGAUAGUUUCAUAACGCAUGAACUGAAAUUUGAGGAAAUCAACAAAGCUUUCGAUUUAUUAGUACAAGGAAAGUCUCUCCGCUGCAUUCUAUGGAUGAACAACGACAAGAACGACUUCCCCGAGGGCUUCACUUUCGGAUCCGCCACUUCUGCUUAUCAGUUGAAUGAUAAUGAAGAUCAGUCUAGUCUUAGUCAAAUUGAUGUUCAACAAUUAUCUUUUCUAAAAUUGAUAGGUAACCUAAGUAACGGAGACAUAGCAUGUGAUGGGUACCAUAAGUACAAGGAGGAUGUGCAGCUCAUGGUGGAAACUGGCUUAGAUGCCUUCAGAUUCUCCAUUUCUUGGUCUAGGCUUAUACCAAAUGGAAGAGGUCCUGUUAAUCCCAAGGGUCUACAGUUCUAUAAGAACUUCAUUCAAGAACUUGUAAGCCAUGGAAUUGAACCACAUGUGACACUGUUCCACUACGAUCAUCCUCAGUAUCUUGAAGAUGACUAUGGAGGAUGGAUCAACCGCAAAAUCAUCCAAGACUUUACUGCUUAUGCAGAUGUUUGCUUCAGAGAGUUUGGGCAUCACGUUAAAUUCUGGACCACGAUCAACGAGGCUAAUGUAUUCACUAUUGGAGGAUACAAUGAUGGGAUCACACCACCUGGCCGUUGCUCCUCACCGGGUAGAAACUGCUCAUCAGGAAACUCUUCAACUGAACCAUAUAUCGUAGGCCAUAACUUGCUGCUUGCGCACGCCUCUGCUUCACGACUAUAUAAGCAAAAGUACAAGCCACUAGGGUUUACAUCUUCUACAAGCUCCAAGGAUGAUGACAUUGCAAUUCAAAGAGCCAAAGAUUUCUACUUCGGCUGGAUGCUUGAGCCUCUUAUAUUCGGAGACUAUCCCGAAGAAAUGAAAAGAACUGUUGGAUCAAGACUGCCAGUUUUCUCAAAGGGAGAAUCAGAACAAGUUAAAGGCUCAUCUGAUUUCGUAGGAAUCAUUCACUAUCUUGCAGCUUCGUAUGGUGUUGCUCCAUGGGCUAUGGAAAGUGUCCUUGAGUAUAUAAAGCAGAGCUAUGGCAAUCCUCCUAUAUACAUUCUUGAAAAUGGUACACCGAUGAAGCAAGAUUUCCAGCUGCAACAAAAGGACACACCAAGGAUUGAGUACUUACAUGCUUAUAUUGCUGCUGUGCUCAAAUCCAUAAGGAAUGGAUCAGACACGAGAGGUUACUUCGUAUGGUCAUUUAUGGAUUUAUAUGAGUUAGUGAAGGGAUACGAGUUUAGUUUUGGAUUAUACUCUGUCAAUUUCAGUGAUCCUCAUCGUAAGAGAUCUCCCAAACUCUCUGCUCAUUGGUACUCUGCUUUUCUCAAAGGCAACAACACUUUUCUUGGUUCUCAAGGCAUCAUGCAGAUGCAGAGAAACUCGUCUUCUUCAGCUUCUUCGUAGUAUAAUGUUGCAUUUAGAUACUCUCAUGAAUCUGAUUCCUUCAGUUAUGAGAGUUAUGAAAAACAUCAGCCUCUCUGUUUUACUGUGUUUGAACUGCUUGCCGUUUUAAUGUAUAUCAUCCGAAUUUUAUUUUUCCC